AUGAACACGUGGUUGGACACGCGCCAUGCCUGUGCCUUCCUAAAAAUCGCCCUGUCAACAGGUUAUCCUUCCGUUUGCCAUUUCGCCGCGGUGCAAUAUCCGCUCAAUGAAACCGCCACGGGUCCACCGCAGCCGAGGCGUCCGGCAAAGAUAACAUUUGCGCCGUUGCCUCCGAGUCGGCACCGUGGAACGGGAUCCGAUACGUUUCCCGCGGGCGUGUGUUCGCCGGCAGAGCGCUCGCGGGGCGGCGUCGUCGCGCGGGCGCGUAUCGAUCGCCACUCCGCGCCACCGGCCCGCAUACGAAUACGGGGAUCGCCCUCCGUUCAGCCCCUUGCCAACCUCCUCCACCAGAAGACCUUCGCCUUAACUGUAGACUUGACCCUUCACACGCCGUGCAACCGCUUGCAAUUCGCCUUUAAACUGGAAGCCUCCAGUGGGAGACCUUCGCCU